AAAGUUUGAUUAUGGUGGUGUGGGAUCGAAGGAAAGAAAGAAUAUCGGUGAGGAGUGGAAAGGAAAUUGAAAGAAGAAUCGAACAGAAGGUGGUAGGGUUUGUGAAGGUGAUCGUAAUCGAGAAUUUGAUAGAGCGAUGAGUGAGAGUAACGGGAACAGUAAGAGGCCAAAUGUUGAAGAUCAAGAUCUGGGACUGUACUUCUUGGAAGCGUGCAGGGGAAGGGAGAUGAGAGAGAGGGAGAAGGAGAAGGAGAAAGAGACAGAGGAGGAAGAGGAGGAGGCGCCGAGGGAGCUCAACACGAUUAACAGCUCCGGUGGCUUCGUGGUGGUGUCAACAGACAAGCUGUCGGUGAAGUACACCAACGUCAACCUUCACGGCCACGAUGUCGGCGUCAUUCAGGCCAACAAGCCUUCUCCUACCAAGCGCCUCAUCUACUAUUUCGAGAUUCAUGUCAAGGAUGCUGGCGUCAAGGGUCAAAUUUCCAUUGGCUUCACCUCCGAGACAUUCAAGAUGCGAAGGCAGCCAGGGUGGGAGGCCAAUAGCUGCGGCUAUCAUGGUGACGAUGGUCUUCUUUACCGUGGACAUGGCAAGGGGGAAGCCUUUGGUCCAACCUAUACGUCGGGUGAUGUAGUUGGUGCCGGAAUUAACUACGCCGCGCAGGAAUUCUUUUUCACUAAAAAUGGCCAAGUUGUCGGCUCUGUUUACAAAGACUUGAAAGGCCCCCUUUUUCCUACUAUAGCAGUUCAUAGCCAAAAUGAGGAGGUGCAUGUUAACUUUGGGCAGAAACCAUUUACUUUCGACUUAAAAGAAUUUGAAGCACAAGAAAGAAUGAAGCAGCAACUGAAAAUAGAGGAAAUUUCUGUGCCACCAAAUGUCAGUUACGGCAGAAUUGUCCGCUCCUACCUGCUGCACUAUGGCUAUGAAGAUACAUUGAAUUCAUUUGAUGUGGCUAGUAAAAGUACUGUUCCUCCUAUAUACAUAGCUCAAGAAAGUGGAGUUGAUGAGCAGGAAAUAACAUAUGCGUUAAAUCAUAGAAAAACUCUUCGGCAGCUAAUCAGGAAUGGAGACAUUGAUGUUUCAUUUGGUAAAUUGCGGGAAUGGUAUCCACAAAUUGUUGAGGACAACACAUCAGCUACAUGCUUUCUGCUACAUUGUCAAAAAUUUAUCGAAUUAGUUCGGGUUGGAGCGCUUGAGGAGGCAGUCAGAUAUGGAAGAAUAGAAUUGUCUAGUUUUUACGACUUUCCUGUCUUUAAAGAUUUAGUUCAGGACUGUGUUGCUUUGCUGGCAUAUGAACGGCCUCUAGAAUCUUCCGUAGGCUAUCUUCUAAAAGACUCGCAGCGUGAAGUUGUAGCUGACACGGUAAAUGCCAUGAUUUUGUCCACAAAUCCCAAUAUGAAAGAAUCAAAACAUUGCUUGCAGUCUUAUCUGGAGAGGUUACUUAGACAGCUCACUGCUUGCUGCUUAGAGAGACGAGCACUGAAUGGAGAGCAGGGAGAAGCUUUCCAACUUCAGAGAUUACUUAGCAGUAGUAGAAGAGGCUAGUGCUAGGUGAUAUUAUAUCUAUUAAUCUUAUGCUAUGUUCAUAUGUCUAUCGAUCUGACACCACUGUUCAUAUUACCUCGGGAUUUGUAACAAUGCCCAGUGAUUAAAUUUCCCAUAUUUACUUGAUGCAUGCUUAUUCAUUUCUUUGGCAAGAAGGGGGAGGAGAGAGGAUAUUUGUAACCUAGUCACUAUUAAAACAAUGAAAAUGGGAAAAAUGAACCGAGCAAUGAUUUCAAGUUGAAA